GUGUGUGUGCGCGUGUGUGCGUGCGUGUGUGUGUGUGUGUGUGUGUGUGCGCGUGUGUGUGCGCUUGUGUGUGCUUGUGCUACGGGGUUAGCCUGAGCGCAGCGUCGCGCCGCCGCCUCGCAGCCGCCGGCCUCGGACAUGUCAUCCAACUGUGCCAGCGCGGCGCCCCUGAGCGCCAGCAAGACCAAGACGAAAAAGAAACACUUUAUAGGGCAGAAGGUGAAGCUGUUCCGUGCGAGUGAGCCCAUUCUCAGCGUGUUGAUGUGGGGUGUCAACCAUACGGUCAACGAGUUAAGUAACGUGCCUGUACCAGUAAUGCUGAUGCCAGACGACUUUAAAGCCUACAGUAAGAUCAAAGUGGACAACCACCUAUUUAACAAAGAAAACCUUCCUAGCCGCUUCAAGUUUAAGGAGUAUUGUCCCAUGGUGUUCCGAAACCUGCGAGAGAGGUUCUGCAUCGAUGACCAGGACUACCAGAACUCUCUGACGAGGAGCGCCCCGCUCAACAGCGAUGCCCAGGGUCGCUUCGGGAACCGCUUCCUGUCCAGCUACGACCACCGGUUCGUCAUCAAGACGGUGUCCAGCGAGGACAUCGCCGAGAUGCACAACAUACUGAAGAAGUACCACCAGUUCAUAGUGGAGUGUCAUGGCAACACAUUGCUGCCGCAGUUCCUGGGGAUGUACCGGCUGACGGUGGACGGCGUGGAGACUUACAUGGUGGUCACCCGGAACGUAUUCAGCCACCGGCUCACGGUACACCGCAAGUACGACCUCAAGGGUUCUACGGUCUCAAGGGAAGCCAGCGAUAAGGAGAAGGCCAAGGAACUGCCGACCUUCAAGGACAACGACUUCCUGAACGAGGGCCACAAGUUACAAAUAGGGGAUGACAACAAGAAGUACUUCUUGGAAAAACUAAAGCACGACGUGGAGUUCCUGGCCACGCUGAAGAUCAUGGACUACAGCCUGCUGGUGGGCCUGCACGACGUGGAGCGGGCGGAGCAGGAGGAGAUGGAGGUGGAGGCCGGCGGGGACGAGGAGGAGUACGACGACGGGAUGGGCGGCGGCGGCGGGGGCGGGGGGGGGGCGCUCCCGGGCUCCUUCGGGACCCCGCCGGACAGCCCCGGGAACCCGCUCAACUUCGGCGGCUUCUUCGGGCCGGGGGAGUUCGACCCCUCCGUCGACGUCUACGCCAUCAAGAGCCACGACGCUGCUUUGAAGAAAGAGGUGUACUUCAUGGCCAUCAUCGACAUUCUCACACACUAUGAUGCUAAGAAGAAAGCUGCACAUGCUGCCAAAACUGUGAAACAUGGGGCAGGGGCGGAGAUCUCGACGGUGAACCCCGAGCAGUACUCCAAAAGAUUCUUUGAGUUCAUGUCUAACAUCCUGUCAUAGACCCACCGGGCUCCCUGUCCGACCUGUCAAUCACUGACAACCACCAAACAACUUCAACCCAAGUACACGAACCACCACCCCUAGCAAACCCCCCCUUUCCCCUGGCUUAGACCCUUAGACCCCCCCCCCCCACAUACUCUCUUGUAGGAGCCCUUCCAUGGCCAGGACCACAGACUUGACAGGAGGGAUGUGAAACCAUGCUGUUACACUGAGGCAGGGAACUGGAAUCUUUCUAGGGAAAAAACAAACAAAACACAAGCGAUGUGCUCUCUCCCCUCCCUCCCCUUCCCUUCCCAAGCGACUCCCCCCCCCCCCCCCCUCUCCUCCCUCCUUCUCCAUCGCACAGUGUAACGCCCGAACGGACAACUCGACACGCAGAAUUUGGACAUUUUAGUUGGGACUUCUCCCUGGCCUCCAUUUCUUCGGUCCAACCCCCCUACCCCACCUCGAUCUCCCCCCCCCCCCCCCACGCCAGCACGGGAACUGUGUCACUAAUGCCUUGAAUGAGUGUCCGCUUCUGCAUUAAGCGCCUCGUUAGUUCUCUCUCUGUUCAGUUUCCAUUCUCGUUGUAGUAUUUCUUGCACAUAUAAAGAACACAGACAUGUGUACGUACGCGCACACACACAAAACAACCGAUGCAGAAUAGCCAUAAUCGCAUGACAACUGUUCAACCUAUAGCCACAAGGCUUUCGUAAACAAUAACUAAAUAGCAAAACAAAUUGGAACAGACGACAACCGGUGAUCGACUUAUGAACAUAUAAUGGUUUUACGUAAAUGAAUGCAAUAUAAAAAAAAAAAUGCAUGGCUGAUAUGUACAUGACUCCACCAGUAAGCUGAAACAAUGACCUUAGCAUCUGAGUGUAAUGACUAAAACAAAUACCUAUGUGUUUAAAUGUUACGUUGCCAUAUUGUUUUUGAAUAUUUCAGAAAUUUAAAUGUGAGCUCGGAGGUUUGGACGAUGGAAGAAAAAGAAAAAAAAAUGGGGAAUUCUACAUCAAAUACUUGUUUUAUUACCAUAAGAAUCAUUUUUAUAUCUUGUUUACAUUAAUGUAGCAAUUUUGUGUUUGUAUACAGUAUUGUUUUGUUACCAGACAUUAGAAAAGGUUACUUGAAAAUGAUUCAUUGCAUAUUAAAGGGAGUUUUAACUUGGACCACGA